AUGGAAGAACGAGCGCGCAUCCCCGUUGCGCCACCUAUCACGACACCAUUGUCUUCAUACUGGCACAACCCAAAGUCGCCUUUUGCAAAUAUCAUUGAACCUGAGGUGGAUAAGGGUACACAAGCCUACGACUAUGCCAUUAUCGGGUCUGGUAUCUCCGGCACGGCAAUCGCCUAUAACAUUCUGAACGCUUUGCCUAAUGCGCGGGUAGUGAUGUUGGAGGCACGUGAGAUAUGCUCAGGUGCGACAGGUCGCAAUGGUGGGCACACGAAAGCGGCAAGCUAUCGCAGCUACACGCAUCAUGCCCAAGAGUUUGGCAAAGUAGAGGCACUGAAGAUUGCGAGAUUAGAGUAUGCUAACAUAGUCGAGACGCAUAGCAUGGCAAAGGACCUGGGCUUGAAGUGCGAGAGUACGUUGUGCAAUACGGUCGAUCUCAUCUACGACAAACCCACUUUCGAGGCGGGAAAGUUGGCCAUUCAGAUGCUGCGAGCUGACGCAGACGAGCAUGAGAAGGAAGUGGGAAAGAUGGCAUGGUACCAAAUACAUGAGGAAGUCGCGGAUAUCCAGAAUAAGUUCUCCGUUGCAGCAAAGAACAGCAAUCCCACAGUCUCGUCAGAAGAGCAGCUUCAAGGCGCCUUUGAGUACCUAGCUGGACGAAUACACGCAUACCAGUUUACAACCGGGUUAUUAAAAGAGUGCGUUGAGAAAGGACUGCACUUGUGCACAAAUACGCCAGUGCAUGAUAUUUGCCCGUCAGCAAAAUCAAAUAGCGAGACUGGUACUCGUUGGGAUGUUUUCAGCCAGCACAACACUGUCACAACAGGAAAUGUCAUCAUCGCAACCAACGGCUACACACCCUAUGUCAUGAAAGAGCUUCAAGGCGCUAUCGUACCAAUGCGCGGACAAAUCACCGCACAACGACCAGGAACGGCAACAAAGCUUCCAAGUCCGCUACCGACAACGUACUCGUUCAUCUAUCGUGACGGCUAUGAGUACAUGAUUCCGCGGCCGUUACCGAAUGGUGGGCAGCACAUAGUUAUUGGCGGUGGCUUAGGUCGUCUUCCUGCAGCCGGCCCAAGCGAGUACGGGACAGUUGACGAUGGUAAUUUGAACCCAGAGAUCUCCAAAUAUCUCCACGAGAGCUUGGCUGGAUAUUUUAGUGCUGAGAACUGGGGUGAAGCGUCUAAAGAAGAAGAAGCGCGCCGUGUGGCACAGGAGUGGACAGGCAUAAUGGGUGCUACAGCCGAUGGACGACCAUUUGUAGGCGAGGUGCCGGGCAAGAAGGGUAUGUGGAUAUCUGCAGGCUUCAACGGUCAUGGGAUGGUGCUGUGUCUCAAGUCGGCGGAGGCGCUGGUGAAGAUGAUGGGAACUGGCCACAAGAGUAAAGCACCGGAUUGGUUUCCUGAGAGCUUUUUGCUCACACAAGAUCGGCUGGCGAAGUGCAGGUUCCAAGGUCGCACCGAUAUGCAGCCCCCCGAGAGCCCAACGACGGCGCGUGAGCUCGACUUUGACGACGACAACGACACUUCGGCUGUCUCGGCGCAGGACAACACCAAAUCGCCGUCGCCAGGCUCCAAGUCGCCCAAGCCCGGCGUGCGCUUCAACGAAGAGGCCACCGAGAUCCCUCCCCAGAAGCCACCGCGACCGGUGGACCCCCAAGUGCAGGCGCAGAACACGCUGAUUGAGGCUUUCCCCAGCGUCGACGCCAAUGUUGUCAAGGCGGUGCUGGUGGCCAGCGGGGGCAAGGUCGAGCCUGCCUUCAACGCGCUGCUGAGCAUGUCGGAUCCCAACUUCAAGGCCGAGGAAGCUCCUCCACCGCAGCCACCGCGACCCCAGCCCCGUAGCCAGCUGGAGCAGGACGAGAUGUACGCGCGACAGCUGGCCCAGCACUACCAAAGCCAAGGCGGCCCGGGCGCACAGCGAGGUUAUGCAUCGCGUGGCCAAGCGCAGCGACAACGGCCUGGCGAAGCCGACCGGGAGCACAGCUUCUUCGAUGACGACCUCCCCGAGAUUCGUAAGAACAUCGAACAAGGAUUCAAGGAGACGCAGAAGACGGUCACAAACUGGAUCAGCAACUUCACCAAGAAGCUUGACAGCGGUGAGAUGGAAGAGUACGACAGGUACGGCAAUGUGCAGUACACGGGACGCCAGCCACCACCACAGCAGAGACAGAACUUUGGCCCCUCCCAGUCAGAUCAGAUGUAUGGCAUCCGCAAGUCGGCUGAACAGCGACGGUCGGCAGACCACAACCGCUACGAUGCCGACAAUCGAGUCAUUGGCGACGACUUUGCAAAGCUCGAGCUGAGAGACAACGAGGGGCCGGGCCCGCGAUCGUCAAGUCGUCCAAACGCAAACCCCGACCUCUUCAAGCCCACACCCGUGUCCCCACCCCAGAGCGGCCCUGUUGACGAAGUCGAUGCCCUCUACCGCAACCCAUCACCCAACAACCAGGGCGGCCAGGGCAAAUCGAGCGGCAAGAAAUGGCAGCCCCUCACCUCCGUUGCGCCCAACCCAGAGCCCGAUGACCAUGACCCUUUUUCUCUUGGCGACAGCGAUGAUGAGGACAAGGACGUGAAGAAGCAGGACACAAACCCUGAAGAUACCGAGAGGCUGAAGAACGCUGCUCAGAACAGCCCAGGCCCAACAACCGGCAAGCUCAGGCCUGCAGAGCGAAGCGGAAGUGUCAGUCAGAAGGACGCUACCAUGGAGGCAUUACUGAAGGAAGCGAAAUAA